UUAUUCUGAGGCUAUCCAAUGAAAAACCUCCUGCAGAGCUUAGUAAGAUGACACAACAUGACAUCAACUUUGUAGCAGAGUUCCUAAGAGAUAAUUUUGCUCAUUUUACCCUGGAUAAUCACGAUGAGGAAGACAUAUCGAUAGCCGACCUGAUGGACGACCACAACAGUAAAUCGGGGUUCAAACUGGAAAAAGUUGGACAGUACUUGAAGCGUGAAGACCUUCAUUAUCCACCUACUGUUUCGUCUAAUCCCUGGGUACAGUUCCAGAAGGGCUGUUAUCAUCUCAAAGAUACAGACAUCCUGUAUCCAGUACAGAAUUCCAAGUCUCUGGUACAGCUACUUGACAUCCUGCUGGACGCCAUCCACUCCGCCUUGUCUCGACCUUCUAUGGUCAUAGGUAGUUCAUUUGAAUGUCUAUCUUCCCGACAUCUGUUCACGCAGCUAAAACA